AAUAAUGUUACUAUUUAUGCAAUUAAGUUCGUUAGUUUACAUUUAGUUUGUUUUCUGAGCUAUCUAACCUAUAAAUCGUAUAUGUACAAAAACAUUUUGUGUAAAUGGACUUCAUGAUUAUCGUGUAAAUUUUAUUUCCACGUGGAGACGUUCCAUUGAUUAAUUGUACAAAAAAUUAGAAGAUAAUAUAAAAUAUAGAUAGUUUAGUGUUACAAAAAAAUGACCAGCAGAGGUCUGGACUACCUACCAUUCUGUAUCUUUUCUUGAUAGCAUUGACUAAAGAUGUAGCUGUAGUCAAUGUUGAUAGAGUCAAUUGUUUUUGCUUUGUUUCCUUUUGAAACAAAGUUUCCUUUUGUGAAGUAGAAUACGUAUAAUAAUAAGAACAGAUAAAAUUAAGAAAAGAACAAAGAUGUCUUCCUUUGAGUUAAAUUAUUGGCCAAUUUUUAAUGUAGUCGAUACUGAGUUCAUUUCGAAAAUCCGAAUGGCUAUUGUAUAUGGUAACUUAGGCCAUAAAGCCUUAAUGGUGACAAACGAUGAAAUGGUAUAUGCUAUAGGAACUAAUGUAAAUUAUGAAGCUGAUGAUAUUAGUAAUAUGUUGGGUCCAACGAAAAUCGAAGUAUUAUGUGGAAAGAAUAUAAAAACUUUAGCAGUUGGCAGAGAUCAUCUUUUAGCUCUUACAAAACAAGGAAAGGUUUAUUCAUGGGGAUGUAAUGAUCAUGGCCAAUUAGGUAAUGGAUGUUAUUUAUCUAGUACAGAACCAGCUCUUGUAAAAAUUAUUAAAAAUAAUGAACAUAUUGUAUAUAUUGCUUGUGGAAGUGAUUAUUCUAUCGCAUUGACAAAAAUAGGAGAGGUAUAUUCAUGGGGAAACAUUGGUUAUUCAGAAAAUGUGCCUAGACAAGUACAGAUUGAUGGCUUUGAUUCAAAAGUUACCUCUGUCGCUUGUGCUAAAAGAUUUAUCAUAAUGAUUACAGAAAAUGGUGAAGUUUAUAGUUGGGGUGAUAAUAGUUCUGAUCAAUUAAGAACACGCUAUUAUUCAAACCAAAGCAAACCUUGCAAAGUCACAGCACUUGUUGGCAUUGUAAUAAAGAAGGUAGUUUGUGGUUCUUCACACGUUCUAGCUUUGAGUUCUACAGGAGAUUUAUAUGUAUGGGGUAAAAACGAUUGGGGACAGUUAGGUACUGAUGGGAGAGGAAAUAGUGCUCAGCCAAUGAAGUUGAUAUCAGCCAAAAUGAGAACAGUGUUAGAUAUUGCAGCUUCGUAUUCCAAUGAUAUAAGUAUAGCCAUAACAGGAGAAAAAAAUGUAUUUAUUUGGGGGAACUGUCUAGGACAGUGUAUUAAAAAACCAACGUACAUCCGAUUAAAAUGUGUUAACGAAGCUUUUGCGUAUUAUGCACCAUCUUGUAGUACAUAUGAACCGUUGAUAUUUGAUGAUUAUGAAGUGGUACCGACUUUACUCGAUUGUUUUCGGAACGCAUUCAAUGAUCAAACUACGAGUGAUUUAGUUAUAAAAGUACAAGGAAACCCCAUCUAUGUGCACAAAGCUAUUUUAAAGAUACGUUGUCCAUACCUUAAAGCAAAGUUUGAAGAAUGGGAUAAGAACAAUGAAAGCGUUAUAGAAGUCCAGGAAUUUUCCAACAAUAUAUAUGUAGCUUUUUUACAAUAUCUGUACACUAAUGAAAUAAAUUUAUCAGUGAUGGAUAUAGCAGAACUUUACAAUUUAGCAAAUACUUAUUCAGAUGACAAAUUGAAGGAUCUAUGUAUGUUUACUGUAAAGAAAGACAUUAGUGUUAAAAAUGCAAUAUUUCUGUACAACAAAGCCAUUGAAUAUAAAGCUAAGGAAAUAGAGGAAUACUGUGCUAGUUUUAUAUCGAAUUAUAUAACUUUAAUAAUGCAUACUCAGGAUUUUAUUGAUUUAAAUGAUAGCGCAUUUAAAACUUUGCUAGUUAAAGCUAUUCAAACGGGUGCUUUGAAGAAAUAGUUUAUGAUUUGUGUGAAGUGAAGUUUGACGACCAUACAUCUUUUAUGGUAUCCGAGCAAAUAUUGAUAUAGUGAAGAUAAGAUAUAUCUUGAUAUCAAUAAAAAAAAGAUAGUAUUAUAAAAAGUACGGAGGAUUAUUUGAUGUUAAGCUAACUAUGACACGCGUAAUUUCCAUAGAAAAUAUGUAUUAAAAGUUGAUAUAUUUUUUUUAAUAUUUUUAUAUUUACUGCACUUGUUAUAAUAAACAAUAUUCUAUUACGGUGCAUUUAUUCCUUGAUACAUUGUAAGUACAUAAAUAUAUGUUACAUUAAUUUACACAUACACAUGUAAAAUGUUAGUUUCUUCAUUUGAUUUAACGAUGAUUCUAAUUACCUCCAAGGUACCGUUUCGUCUUCGUGCGUACAUUUCGAUCCGCUCAUCGAUGAUUUGGUCACGAUUAAAAAAUUGGAAAGUUGCGUAUUAAUCGAUGUAGAAUUCUGUGAAUACAGAACCGUAACUGAUUGAAUUAAAAAGCGUUCGUUACAAAGGGGUGGUUAACAGAACGGGACUGCACUAUGGUUCGCAUAUUAUUUUUAUUAUGGUAUUCUCAGUAUAUACAAGCAGUAAAAUUGUUCUUUUAAAUUUCUUCCUUUUGUUCGAAUAAUAUGUAACUACCGAUUAACACUAGAACUACCGAAGAUAAACCUUCGUAUCUACCGUACGUGUCAAAAUGAUCUGUUCUUAUAUAUUAUGUAUAUUUAUGUUAGAUCGAGUGAAAAUUCAAAAUCGAUGCGUAAAGAAAAUAAAUCGUACUUCACUAGAAAAACAUCGACGUAAUAAGGCAGAUCGCAUACUCUUUUGCAGCAAACUAAUAGAGCAAGACACUUUUGUCCAACAAUAAUUUCGUCAUUACAGUCUCAGCUAUUUUUUGCACAGCGUAUAAAUGCAUCCAGUUUUCUAAACAAGCAUCGAAAUUGUAUAAGGAACUUUUCAAAUGCAAUUAUAAUCGAAAUUUUACCUACAUUCUGUGAGAAGUCAAAAUGACUUGUACCGACACGUCUAAGUAUACUACACAGAAUACGAAAGAAAUGUUGCCUAUAUAUUCGAAUAAAAAUGAAGGAAAAUUUCAGAAAACAUGCAAGGAUCGCAACAAGUCACUUUGACUCCCCUUGGUAGUUCUAGUGUUAAUAAUAAUAAUAACAACAACAAUAAUAAUGUUAACAAUGAUGACAAUGAUAUCAAUUAAUCCAUUCAGCCGAAAUAACGUAAUCACGAUUCGUUAAUAAAAUUUGAAAUAAUAUUUAUAUCCGUGUGAAAAAUCUGUGUCGUAUGAUUACAUAGAAAUUCGAGAAACACAAAGAUGGCCGUAAAUCGAGUAAACUAGAAAAAAAAAAAUAGAAAAAGAAGAGAAUGAAACUGCGAAUAAUUGUACGCAAUAAAUAAUUACGCUGUUUCGUAAUUCUAUAUUUAUACGUAUAGGUAAUAUUAGGUAGUUGAUUUGCCGUUUGAUAAGUCGUUACGCGCGUCCGCGAUGCGCGUUGCAUUCGUUCCGUGAUUGGUUGCCUCGAUUCCCGUUGCGAAACUUGAGCCUCGACGAAUCCUCGGACGAGCCUUGCUCGGUCGAAACACGCAGGAAAAAGUUUCGUCGAGCAACGAUCAUCGAUAGGAACGAAACGGAUUCGAGGGUGAAUCGGGAAACGAGGGCAGAAUGCACCGGACGGACGCAAAACCCUCUGGCAGUCGAUCGUGUCUCGAGAAUCGCCAUCCAAUGCGACGGUAAUGACAGACAGCGAACGAGAAAAAUACGACGAUGCGGCUAAAAAAUGUCGUAUCGAAUUCGACCAGCUAUUCGGCUAGGAUUAAUUACUUUUCCAUUUUGUGUAUGCGCGCGCACGCACGCGUAUGUGUAUGUAUAUGCUUUUUCGUAAUUAAUUAGAGCGUAUUUAGGCCUGUGGGCUACUUUUCUUCAGCGACUCGUAAAUCCCCUUCCCACUCCGUUCAGAGCUAUUCGGUCGAGUAAUAACGCGCAGAUAUUUCACAGCUAAACAGUUUACGGAUUAACAAAAAGUUUCCGCUUGAAUACCCGAACGAAUUACUCGACAAACUUCCUCCUCGACGAAGAAAGAAAGAACGAAAGACCGUCGGUCUUUCUCUUUGGAAACUCGACUGGAAUUUGAUUUUUUGCGUCGCAUCGGAAGACGAAAGAGUUUACGCGGUGCACCGGAAACCGAUUUCGUUUCCAACGAGUCGCGAAACAUCGUUGCAGUUACGAUGUCUGUCGUAGGCAUCGCGUCGAAUUGAUCGAAAAACGUUUCUUGCCGUUCGACGCGUUGCGAGCGAUCACUAUACAUUCAUUUAUAUACAGAAUUAGCCACAGUUUGUUAAGCGACGAUUCGAACCAUGAUCGUACACAAGUUCACGUCAACGUUCGAACAUUCGUAAAACGGACAUGAAUUACGCGUCGAAUAUCUUUCGUUGCGAAACUCGAAUGACGGGUAUCGAUCUACGAUCACUGUGUAUCGGUCGGUGGUACAAACGGGAAAGUGAAGAUUCUAAUUGUAAGAAAAAGAGGAACACUCGUUUUUUAAACAGUUUUAUUUGAAUAGCUUAAAAAUCGUUGAAAGCGACAUUCUAUUAGCAUACGUGCUGUUCCAAUAAUGGAAACGAAGCUGUUCGUAUCAAGAGAAUUUUCAACGUCG